CUGGCUUCGCGAGAUAACGAGAUCACGCGAGAAGCUUGCGUAACAAACCAUAGAGCGUCAAGUUAGUGAUGUCUGACACUUUUUCAUAAGUGUCAGUGGUGGAAAAAAACAGAGCAUCCGUCGCUACAUAUCCCUAUAUUUCCCUUAACUUUCCCCUUAACCCCGGACAGGAAGCAACGAAUGUGAAGCGAACUUCAGCGUCGUUUCAUCAUCUGAACAUGGCGAUGUUGUCCUUAUCAAAGUCCUCGCUGUUGUUGUUUAGCAGAAGGUUAAUCGGCCCGGAGCUGAGUGCCCUCUGUUCAUAUCACAAAAAGGUGGUGGACCACUAUGAAAACCCAAGAAACGUGGGCACUUUAGACAAAAACUCCAGGAAUGUGGGGACUGGAUUGGUGGGUGCACCCGCCUGUGGUGAUGUCAUGAAACUUCAGAUCCAGGUUGAUGAAAAUGGGAAGAUUGUGGAUGCAAAAUUCAAGACAUUUGGCUGCGGAUCAGCCAUCGCCUCCAGUUCUCUAGCAACUGAGUGGGUGAAGGGGAAGUCGGUUGAUGAGGCUUUGAAGAUCAAGAACACAGACAUCGCCAAAGAACUCUGCCUUCCUCCAGUCAAGCUUCAUUGCUCCAUGCUCGCUGAAGAUGCCAUCAGAGCAGCGCUGUCCGACUACAGAUUAAAGCAACAGGACAAGAAGGAGGAGCGUGUCAAAGCCAGCAGUUAAUAUAUUAUUAUUAACUCUCCUCACCACAACUCCAUCAUGGUUCUGGGUGCCUCAUUGAUCUGUCAGUAGCAGCACCUGUAAUGUUGCCAAAAGACUAAAUCAGGGAGUUUUAUAACCAUAACAAAUCUUCAUGGUCGCAGGCCAGUCUCUUGAAUUUAAGCUAAGAUAUUGUUCAAGUGCCCGGUGUUAAUGGAUUUGUUUGUUUUUCAGCAGAUGAUUAGAAAUGUUUAUUAAUUGAUGCUGAUAUUUAGGUGGAAGGUGAAUGAAUGAAUGGUGAAUAUUUUAAGACAAUUCUGAUUUUUCUUUUUUUUUUUUUUAGUUUUAAAUGAGCGAGAUCAACUCUGUUCAAUCUUUGCAGUGUUUUGCUACACAAAGCAUAGAUAGGAUGCAUCAUAAAUGUAUUAAUUAUUGGUUGAGGUUUGUUUGUUUUUGUAUAUUUUUUUGGCAUCGAGGCUUAAUUUGGCUUGAUUAUAUAAAAUCACUGGUCCUUCAUGGAGGAUUCAGUAUGAAAACGCAGGUAUACAGCUAAAAGUCAACAUACAAAAACAUAAUACAGAAUACUUUAUGAGACUGUGGCUUUGUCUUAUACUCAUUGUGAAUUAAAUAAUUAAAACAUU